GCCGCCUGCCUCUUUCAAGAGCGUCCCGCGCCUCGCUCCGGCCAGCCAGACCUUCUGCUCCUCGCCAACUAGCAGGGACGUGGCCAUGCUGCACUGGGGCUACGACGAGCACAAUGGGCCUGCUCACUGGAAAGAGGUUUUUCCUGUUGCUAACGGAAACCGUCAGUCUCCCAUUGACAUCAAAACUGAAGAAACCAAAUAUGACCCCGGUCUUCCGCCUAUUAGUCCUAACUAUGAUCCAACGUCUGCUAAAGUCAUCCUCAACAACGGACAUUCCACUAGUGUUGAAUUUGAUGACACAGAAAAUAAAUCAGUGCUGAGAGGGGGACCACUCACUGGACGCUAUAGGCUGCGCCAAAUUCACUUUCAUUGGGGGGCAAGUGAUGAUGUUGGCUCUGAGCACGCAGUGGAUGGAAAGAAAUAUGCAGCAGAGCUUCAUGUGGUUCAUUGGAACUCGGACAAAUAUUCCAGUUUUGUUGAGGCUGCUCGGCAGCGGGAUGGACUAGCUGUCAUGGCGGUGUUUCUAAGGAUUGGUGAAUGUAACUCUCAGCUGAAGAAAAUUACUGACCGUUUGGAUGCCAUUAGAGCCAAGGGUAAACAAGCACUGUUCACAAAUUUUGACCCUUCCUGUUUGCUUCCUCACUCUCUGGACUACUGGACUUACCUUGGCUCUCUUACUGUUCCACCUCUUCUUGAAAGUGUCAUCUGGAUAAUUGUCAGAGAGCCUAUAAGUGUUUCCUCUGAGCAGCUAGCCAAAUUCCGCAGCCUUCUGUGUACUGCUGAGGGGGAGGCAGCCUGCUGUAUGCUGAGAAACUACCGGCCACCACAACCUUUAAAGGGACGGGAAGUCAGAAGGAAUUAAAGGAGUAAAGCAAGAAUCAGCCACUGCUGAGACCCUUUAGGAGGCUGCAUUAGUUUUUAAUAAUAAUAAUAUGUUUUGUGUCUAAUGAAUAAGUAUUAUUUAAGUAUUUAGUUACCAUGCAGUUAUUUCAACAGGACAAAGAAGUGCUGAUUGGUAGCAGUUGGGGAAAUUUUAACUGGUUUGAAUGGAUUUUGCCCUUGUUGGUACGUAUGCCUGGUGGUGCUGGUGUUUGUAGCAGAGCUUACUGAACAACUUUGUUUCCAGCUGUGCAUGUGAAUGCAGUCAUACAUAUUGACUCUGAGUGCUGAGCAACUUCUGCAAGGUGCUAGACACCCUCAGCUCCUUGUGAUGUCAGUGACAAUUGAGGAUACAUAGCUCCCUGAAGGACUAAGCUGUUUUGUUUAUCACCUUCAUCUUUCUUUAGGCCAGGGUCUAGACUGGUAUCUUCCUUUAAUUUUGAAGGAGAACUUAGUAUUUCAAAGUUGGUGGGAUUUCUUUAUUGAUCAUAAGCAAAGCGAUCCUGUUUAAGCUGAUGGAUUUACCAAAAAAUAUAGGAUCCACAAUGACAUUUAACCAUACAUAAAGGAUAUAAAUAUAUUUAUAGGCACUGGCCCCUGGGUUUUCAAACCCCUGCUUUUCCCGAGGUGCCCCCUCUUCCUGCCUCUUCCUAUCCCUGCUCCACACCCACCAUG